UCUCUGAGAGAAACUUCAAUUCCUGAGAUCGAAAGCUUCUUUUGCUUCUCUCUUCAAUACCCACAAAACCCAGCUUCCCGCAUUUUCUCAUCGCAUUAGUAACAUGGGAAUUUCAGAGGGAGCUUCCCAUUUGUGUCAGCUUUGCUUUGUGGUGCUGCACUGAGCUCUCUCUCUCUCUCUCUCUCACUCCCCAAAGGUUUCAUUUUUUCAAAGGCCUCUGCUUUUAAUCUUUGCCUUUAGACAGUUUUGGUUUCUUGGUUUUGUAUUAAGUUGAGAAUGUGGAAGCUUUGAGUUUCAAGUAUCUCAGUUUUUUUGUUUUGUUUAGGUGAGGAAAGCCCUAGGUUUGAGCUAAAGUUUCAAACUUUAGUGUUGUUUUGUGGAAUUGUGAUCUGGGUUCUGACUUUGUUGGGGGGUUUUUGGGGUGAGCUGGAAUCUGGGGAUAGGAGAAGUGGAGGGUUUUAGUGGUUUUUGGAUAUGGGUAUUGGAAGGGGUGAGGUGAAGUUGGAGGAUUUGAAUGUGAAUGUACAGACCUAAAAGGUACGGGGGAGUGUGAAUUUGGGGAAUAGUGUGGUUGAAAUGUUAAGAUCUGUGUUUGAGCUGGAGGAGCAAGGUCAAUGAAUAACUUAUAUGUUUUUGGGUGUGAAUGCAAGUUAAAGUUUAGGUUUUGGGGAUUGUUGGAAAGUAUAGAGGAUUAGAACAAAACCUUAAGCUGGUUAAAUUACAGCUUUCGAGCUAUUUUCUCGGCAUUUGGUGAUUCUGGGUCUGUUUAGAAGUUAGUGCUGGACAAAGAGGCGAAACAAUGUCAGGAGCUCCAAGAGUAAAGUCUAUGAAUGUGGCUAAUUCUGAGUCACGGUCCGUGCUUGGACCUGCUGGGAACAAGGGAGGGGCAUUCAGUGCACGAAAACCGGCUACAAAGCCACUGAGAAAGACUGAGAAAACGGUUGAGGAGGUUACAUCAGCUGAGGACAAGAAAACCCAGCAAUCUUCAAAAGUCUCUACCUCUCCUAAGCUGCAUUCUAUCAGUGUUCCUUCAGUACUUCGUCGGCACGACCAGUUAUUGCAGUCUAAUUUUUCACUAAAUGCUUCAUGUUCGUCCGAUGCGUCUACAGAUUCAUUCCAUAGUAGAGCAUCUACUGGUAGACUUAUUCGAUCAAAUAGUGUAGGGAGUAGGAGGAAGCAGUAUGUGUCGAAACCAAGAAGUGUUGUUUCUGAUGGUGGAUUGGACUCUCCUCCUGGUGGUUCACAGUCAAAUAAACGAUGUGCUUGGGUGACUCCAAAUACCGAUCCAUGUUAUGUUGCUUUUCAUGAUGAAGAAUGGGGGCUCCCGGUACACGAUGACAAGCUACUGUUUGAGCUUCUUGUCCUAUCUGGUGCUUUGGCUGAACUUUCAUGGCCUCUCAUUUUAAGCAAAAGGCACAUCUUUAGGGAAGUGUUUGCAGAUUUUGAUCCUAUUGCUGUCGCGAAGUUGAAUGAGAAGAAGAUAAUGGCACCGGGUAGUGUUGCAGGCUCCUUAUUGUCCGAGUCAAAGUUGCGUGCUAUUCUUGAAAAUGGACGUCAAAUGACUAAGGUCAUAGAUGAGUUUGGAUCUUUCGACAAGUAUAUUUGGAACUUCGUGAAUAGCAAGCCAUUAAUUAGCCGAUUCCGGUACCCUCGGCAGGUUCCAGCCAAAUCCCCAAAGGCAGAUGUGAUAAGCAAAGAUCUUGUGAGAAGGGGAUUUCGUAGCGUGGGUCCCACUGUCAUCUACUCUUUCAUGCAAGUGGCCGGAAUUACAAAUGACCAUCUGGUUAGUUGCUUCAGAUUCCAGGAGUGUCUGAAUGCUGCAGAAGGGAAGCAAGAGAAUGGCUCCCUGGAAGAGGGUGAAAAGAAAAUCGAGAACGGGAUAGAAUCAGACUUGUCGGUUGCCCUGGAUGAGUUGAGUUUCUCCGCAGACGUAUAAAGACUGUGUCUUGAAUCUUGAUCACCCUGAUUCAAUCAUCAGAUUACCUACCCCAUUGACUGAUUCAGAGCUACUCAUACUGUUCUUGUAUAGGGUAGCAUUGAAGAUGGUUUCUUGUGUAAAUUAAUGACAUCUGAAGCAGAUAUGGAUUUUCUGUAGAUUACUGAAGUGGAUUAAAAUGAAACUGGUGAUUGUGCUGUUGGUGUAAGGAAGGAAUAGCUCACUAAAUCUCUUCAUAGCCUUCAGAAACUUAAUAUACAUUUUUUUGUACAUUAAAACUAUUUAUCCACUAGUCUUUAAACCCA